AGUCGAGGCCUCCAUUUCCGGCAUACAGAUAAUAUUAACCACUGGUUAAAAGCCAUGGAGGAGACUGGAUUGCCAUCAAUCUUUUAUCCAGAAACCACAGAUAUAUACGACCGCAAAAAUAUGCCUCGGGCUGUUUACUGUGUUCAUGCUCUGAGCCUAUUUCUUUUCAAGUUGGGCCUUGCACCUCAAAUUCAAGACCUUUAUGGAAAGAUCAAGUUUACAGAGGAAGAGAUCAGUGCAAUGAGGAAGGAGUUGGAGAAAUAUGGUAUUCAGAUGCCAGCUUUCAGUAAAAUUGGAGGCAUCCUUGCCAAUGAAAUGACAGUUGAUGAUGCAGCUUUGCACGCUGCUAUCAUUGCUAUAAAUGAGGCUAUUGACCAGCAAGUUGCAGCAGAUACAUUUACAGCUCUUCAGAAUCCUUCAGCAAUGUUAGUGCAUUUGGAUGGGGCCAGCAAAGAUCAGUACCAAGAUACUUUAUUCCAGGCUAAAGCUGUCAAAACAGAAAAUGCCAGAAAUAAGAGUAUUGAUGCUGAUGGAUACGAAAAAGAUGUGUAUGAUGAGUUACUAACACAGGCUGAGAUCCAGGGAAACAUCAGUAAAGUUAACACAAAUCAAGCCUUGAAUAAAAUUGACUCUGCUCUACUGAGUGGGGAUAAAGCAGCCCUGUUGGCGGCCUUGCAGUCUUCUGUGUUAGCUUUGAAGAAUGUCAACCCUGAUAACAUUGACUUCUAUGCAAGCAAGCUUCAGCAACUGAGGGAGACAAAACUUCAGAGAGAAGAAGGACACAUUGCUCUAAGCAAAGAUGAAAUUCAAACAGCAGUUAAUGAAUCAAAUCUUGAAGCAGAUGUAGAAUAUCAGAAGACCCAGAUGGUUAUCGGCAUAAACAAAGCCCUGGCAGAAAAAGAUGCUGACCUACUAGUAAAAGUGUUGCAGAAUCCAGUGGUGAAGCUUCGAACAGUCCACUCAGAGGCUGCACAGCUAUAUCUUGAGGAGCUGUCUAACAUGAGGGAUGAAAAGGGAAGUGAUCUUGAACUGGAGGAAAUUGAUGCAGCUUUGCUAGUAAUUGCUGCAGUCUGGGCUAUUAACAAGGCAGUUGAUGCCGGAAACCCCCAGGUAACUUUCAGUGCUCUGAGUUCACCAGCAGCCCACAUUCUGGACCUGGAUGAGAACACCAUGGAGAAGUAUCAGGACAGCCUGGCAACUCAGAAGUCUAACAAAGCAGACCAAGCCAAUGAUUUGCUUACUCAUGCUGAAAUUGUGGCGUGUGUUAACAGUGUCAAUCUGCAGGUGCAUGAGGAGCAUGAGAAAAUUAUGGCCAUCACUCACAUCAAUGAGGCUAUUGACAGUGGAAAUGAGAAGGAAACACUACAAGCUCUUCAGCUCCCGGCAGCUAAGCUGAAGAACAUUAAUCCUGAACAGGCAUUCCACUACCAGGUGCUGCUGGCUAAACGGAAGGAUAAAAAGGCUGAGGAGAGUCAUGAUGAUUCAGCAAUGCUGUGGUUGGAAGAGAUUCAGUCUUGUGUGGACAAAGCUAACACUAACACACAAGAAGGACUGAAGGUGUCCCACGGUGUUGCUGCUGUUAACAAGGCCUUGAAGGCAGGGGACAAAACUGCUUUGCUGUCAGCACUUACUUCUUCAGACGCAAAUCUCCACUCUGUGACAGGAAAUUGCAUUGAUGGUUAUGAACAGGCUUUAGCAGCUGCAGUUGAGGAGUCUUCCAAACAGGGUGAGACAGGCAGUGGAUGGAUGAUGAACAGACUCAAGGAUGGCACAAAGUUCUUCUGUAAUGUGAACACUGGUGCUCAUGCCUGGACUAGAGGGGACUCAAUCAUCAAGGAUUACUCACUUCUGACCAAGGAUGAGAUACAGAAAGUCAUCUCUGAAGUGACAGCAAAACAUGACAGAGAAGUCAUGUUGAAAUCAAAUGAGGGCCUCAUCACCAAAAUUCAGGCCAAUGUUCGUGGUCACAUGGCACGGAAGUCCUACAAAGAGAGAAUAGACUUUAUGAAGCGACAGUUGCCAGCAAUUUUGAAGAUUCAGGCAUGGUGGCGAGGAUCAAAGCAGCGGGAAAAGUACCUGAAGAGACUCAACUAUCUCAAAGACAACACAGACUCUGUUAUCGUGAUCCAGAGCAACUUCAGAAUGUGGAAGGCAAGAAAAGCAUAUAAGGACAGACUUCAGUACUUUAAAGACCAUGAAGAUUCAAUCAUCAAAAUUCAAGCAUACUUCCGGUCAAAUCUAGCCAGGCAAGACUACAAAGCUUUAACAAUGGAUGAGAAUCCAUCACUUGCAGUGGUUAGAAAGUUUGUCCAUCUUCUUGAUGCCAGUGACAAUGACUAUGCAGAAGAACUAGAGCUUCAGAAACUACGACAGCAAGUUGUUGCAGAAAUACGCUCCAACCAACAGCUAGAACAGGACUUGGACCAGAUGGACAUCAAGAUUGGCUUACUUAUCAAGAACAGAAUUACUUUACAGAAACACUUGCUCACCAAAUUGUUUCAGACAGCUCUUGAGGAGGAAAUCAAUUCCAAGGUUGACAAGAUGACUGACAUUGUGACAGGAAACCCACUGGUUGUCAAAAUGAUUGUAGGAUUCAACAGAAACCAGCGUGGUCAGAAUGCCCUCAAGGAAUUGCUGAACCCACUUAUCACUAAAAUCAUUGAAGAUAAAAACCUUCGAAUUAACACAAACCCAGUGGAGGUUUACAAAGCCUGGGUGAAUCAGACAGAAUCCAGCACAGGGAAAACUAGUUCUCUGCCUUAUGAUGUCUCGACUGAACAAGCCUUGCAGCAUGAAGAGGUGAGAAUACAGAUUGAGGAAACCAUUAAACGUUUGCAAGGUGUCACAGAUCUCUUCCUGAACAAGAUCCUCACAUCUCUAGACAGCAUUCCCUAUGGCAUGAGGUACAUGGCUAAAGUUAUGCGGCAGUGCCUGAUCAAGAAAUUUCCAGAUGCUGAGGAGAAAGAGAUUUUGAAGAUUGUAGGCAACUUGCUGUACUACAGAUAUAUCAACUCGGCCAUAGUUGCCCCAGAUGCCUUUGACAUUAUCAACGUAGGGGCGGAGCAUGCAUUCACCAGUGAUCAGAGAAGAAACCUUGGUUCCAUAGCCAAAAUUCUCCAGUUUGCUGCCUCCAAUAAGGGUUUUGGUGGGGAGAGCUCUUACCUGGCAAGCAUGAAUGAUUAUAUUAGGAAUGCUCAUGAAAAGUUCAAAAAAUACUGCCUGGCAGCAUGUGAUGUGGAAGACCCAGAAGUUAGGUUCAACAUUGACCAGUACAGCGAUGUAACCAUGAUUGCAAAACCUGUUGUUUAUAUUUCUGUGGGGGAAAUUGUGGAUACCCAUCAGCUGUUGCUUCAGCAUCAAGACAUAAUUGCCCCAGAACACUCAGAUCCAUUGCAUGAACUGUUGGAAGAUCUUGGAGAUGCUCCUACCAUUGACGAGUUACUGGGCACAGAACUGACUGGAGAUGAAGCUGCCAAUGAAGCACUUAGACAGGAAAUGGCUAAGACUGAAAUUUCCCUCACAUUAUCUAGUAAAUUUGAGGUGCAGACAGACGAAAAGGCAGACUUGAAGUCUUUACUCAUCAGGACGAAACGGAUGAUUGUGGACGUGAUUGCCUGCCAGCCCGGAGAGAAUCUAGUUGUGGUCCUGGACACUCCAUGCAGCCAGCAACAAGAGGAAGUUCAUCAAGCCAUGGUGAAGAAGAGAGACCUCAUUGAUCGGAAACUUGCCCAGUCGCAGAAAGAAGGCAAAAAGUUGGUGCGGCAUGCAUCUAUUCUUGGGGACACCAGGUUGCCCAUUGAUGCGAUGAAGACGAAAUUGAAGGCCAAUCUUCAGACAUUGGAACUGGCAGGAAUGGUCAGCAGAAAGAAUAAGUACCAGGAUCUUCUGAACUCUAUAGUACAGGAUAUACGCAACCAGCGCAGGUACCGCAACAACCGCAAGCAGGAACUCAAGCGACUGCGCACAACCAUCAAGAGCUUGAGUGAGAAACGCACAUUCUAUGAAUCUCAAAUUGAUUACUACAACCAGUAUGUGAAAACAUGCCUUGACAAUCUGCAGAAUAAAACUAAGCAUAAAAAGAAGUCUGGUCUGUUUCGACGGGGUGGAAAUGAGAAGAAGGGAACUGUCACAUACACAGCUGCACGUCUGCAUGACAAAGGUGUCGUCUUAGAAAUUGAAGGACUGACUCAGAAUCAAUUUAAAAAUAUGGUGUUUGAGAUUAGCUCUACAGAUGAUCCUGGUGUGUUUGCUGUCAAUGCCAAGUUUAUGGGAGUGAACAUGGAGAAGGUGGAACUGGUGUUUCAGGACUUGCUGCAGCUUCAGUACGAAGGUGUUGCUGUCAUGAAAAUGUUCAACAAAGCCAAGAUCAAUGUCAACUUGCUCAUCUUCCUGAUCAACAGAAAAUUUUAUGGCAAGCAGAUCCUCAAGAAAUAA